UAAUAGAUCAUUUAUGCAUGUCAUAUACAAAUACACUGCACUAAUUUCGGUCUAGUAUUUUGAUUAAAAUAAAUAACUGUCGUCCGUGUAAAGUUUGUCAUGGCUGAUGUAUGGGAUAAACUCGACCGAUACACAAAGAGUGAUUAUUUAAACAGCAGUGAUGAUGAAAAUCAGGAAGUCUACUUUGAACAAACUGAGCAUCUCUACAUAAGCACAAAGAAGUUUCAUCAAACUGAAGUUGACGAGGAAAGUUUGUGCAGUGAAGAUGUAGACAACUUAGAAGACUUGACUGAAUUGACUCAGAAUCAGCAAGAGAUUAAGGAGAAUCUAGAAAAACAAGAAACAAACGACAAUACAUAUGAAACUUUACUGGAUGAAAUGAAAAAAAGUGAAUUACACUGUAACAGUGAAACAAGAAAUGUUCAAGAAAAAAUUGACAAAAUUUCCUCAGAGAAAUCACAACAGAAAGAUGAACUGAACGAGAUGCAACACAAGGCACAGGUGAUAAGCACAAGUGCAAGAAUGUCAGCCACUGAUGUGUUAUCAGCAAUCACAAGCAGCGAGACAAUGAAUCAUGAGGACAGCGGAGAACUGGAUGAAUUCUAUGAUAGAAUAAGAUCGAAGAACACUGAUGAAAAUACUCCUAAGGAUUAUCCCGACAGCGAAAGAAAGUCGUCUUCAGGUACUUCAUCUGAUGUGGAUUUGCCCAGCAUUGCCCCGCUUUCAAUGCCUCUGAACACGGGCGUAAUGAAGAGCAAGGCGAAUGUGGCUCGUCAAGGUUCCAUGAAGACCAGACGCAAGCCAACUGCCGUGAAGAGGAAGAGUUGGACCCCAGGAAUGGACGAAUAUAAUUUACGAGAACAAGAUGAGGAGGAAACUGUGGAAGAUGUGGAACAAAAUGAACAAGGCGACAUUUGGGUUACGACGCAAGCAAGGAGCGAAGACAAUCAAACCGGAUCUUACACGCCAUCAGACUCGAGUUCUGAGGAUGAAAAAGAAGUUGUUAAACCACAUAUGCGUUCCGCCAUUGCUAUGCCGGGGCUUGGAGACGCACUGAAAAUACAACUAACGCGAUCCGAACUCAAGCGUCCAACAGCUCUGAGUCUUGCAAAAACCGCCAAGGACGCGAAGGUGAAUGAAAUAACCAAAGAAGACAAAGUUGAAACAUCGCCAAGCAAACCAGAUUGGAUGGAGGAAGUCGAGAAACGAAAGAAGCAAGCGAGAAGCAUACCUCAGCGAAGACAUAAGACAUUGCCUGAACGAUCCUCUGAACUUGAUGCGCUCUUUGAACAACGUAAACAAGGACAGUCCAGCGAGGCAGUUGAUCCAAGAGGUCAGGAGGCCUCGAGACCUAAAAGUUUCCCCGGGGAAGAUUGCGAUCCCGAACUGCAAAAGAUCUUUGAGAAAAGAAAGAAUUUAACGCCUCUGGAAGGCGAAGAUGGAACUGUCAAAGAUGUGGAAAGACCUAGAAGCUUUCAUGAGAAUAAAAUAGACCCGGAGUUGAGUAAAAUGUUCGAGAAAAGAAAGAAUUUGUCGCCUCUGGUAAGCGAAGGAGAGACGGAGCGACCUAAAAGUUUUCACGAAAAUAAAAUUGAUCCUGAAUUAAGUAGAAUGUUCGAGAAAAGAAAAAACUUUGCACCUCUGGCUGGCGAACGAGAUUUUGAGCGGCCCAAAAGCUUCCAUGGAGAUAAAAUAGAUCCGGAAUUAAGUCGAAUGUUUGAAAAAAGAAAUAACUUGAAGCCGUUUGAAGUCGAUGAUGGUGCAUCUGAUGAAGGAAGUGUCGCCAAGGAAACACAAAGACCCAAGAGUUAUCACGGCGAUGAACUGGACUCUGAGUUAAAUAAGAUGUUUCAGAGACGAAAAAAUCUCAAACCAGUUGAAAGCACGUCCUCAGGUAACAGAGACGAAGAAGACCAGACAUUCAAACCCAGAAACAUUCACUUGCAAAACAGCGAAGCAACAGAGUUGGAUAAAAUAUUUGAGAAACGAAAGCAGCUCCGGCCGGUUGGUGAAGCUCGAUCAUAUACGCCACAAUCCGCGACGGGUGAGUUCUCGACAAGUGUCGUGAACUCAUCGUCCGAACUUCGUCAGACGUCCGGAAUUGUUCGUGCGCGAUUUCACGAUACAAAACUCGAACCUCUGCCCAGUCGAGGUGAGAUACUUAAGGUGGCCACGGUCUCUGCUGCUGAAGUCAAAACCGCACGGCAGGUAACGGAGAGACGAAGGAUGUCACCUGAGGAACGCGAGGUGGGUAGAGGCGGGACUCGUCUACCAACCUCUGGUCAGAGUGGACCCUCCAAGCCCCCUCGUACACCCGACAGCGGGGCUCAAAUCGCAGAGUUUACCUUCGAUGGCAGAGGAGCCUCUCAAGCUACAGUUGGACGGAUACCAAUUGGGGAAAGUGGUCCCCCCAAACCACCCCGCGCACCCACCAGCGGGGCUCAAGUUGCAGAGUUUACCUUCGAUGGUAGGGGGGCCAUGCAAGCCACCGUGGGUCGUAUUCCAAUUCCAAGUGGCCCCCCUAAACCCCACCGAACUAUGUCCCCUCACGCCCCCACGACGCCGGAGAGAGGCCGCACAGGUGGGGAUCAGACCGCGGAAUUUGGGUCCGACGACGUGGGGGGCAUGCAAGCAAAUGUCGGACAGGUGUCGGGUAGUGGCGGAGACCGUCGUGGAAUCUUUAAUCCUAUUGGUCAACAGCUGCGUACAUCGCCUCAAGAAGAGAAUUCUGGACAGGAAGCAAGCGGGGCACAGGUAGCCCAGUUUGUUUUCGACGGUUCAGCUGCUGCAUCUCGUGCAACUGUUGUGCGGAUUCCAGUCGGAGGUGGUCAGGAACAGACUUCACUAUCAAAAGGCGACAGUCGUAGCGAUGACACAGCACGAGGUGAUCAUGUGAUACGUGCACGUUCACGUGUUAUUGAAUCACGUGAUGCUAUCACGAAGAAAUCGGUGGUUUCUCCGAAAUCAUCUGAAACGCGAGAUUUCAUAGCGCAGCUUUCUAGAAAGCCAGUUCCUGGAAAAAGUUUAUCUCAGGGUAAGUUUGUAUCACAACCUUGUGUGUUGGACAACAAACAAGAACGCGAGCCUCCCCACCCGAGCUCUGCGGGGGGAAGACGGGAACUAUACACGGACAGGGAGUACAACACGGCUCAUCAUAAUGACCGACACCAUUUCCCUCGUGAGGGGAGUAUACCCUCACCUCAAUAUAUGCCCCCUCAUGAAGAACUCCCAUCUCGUAACCUCCCACCCAUAAGUACCCACUACACAACCCCGCCCUCUCAAAACUCGAAUCUUACACAAUUAUCCCGUUCGGUUUCACACCCACCAAACUCCCAGUUUCCAAACCACCCACCGUUGCAUGCUAAAACCUCCGACCCCCAACAUUUGUACACCCCUCACUCCCCCAGAGGAUGCAAGGAGGGCAGACCCCGCCCUGUGAGAAUACGCGAGGUAAGAGAUACUGUGAGGGAGAUCAACCCUGAGCCAAACAGAGUUUCACACGAGAGGCCACCUGCUCCUAAUAUUAGUAGGGAUGUCAAUGGAUAUGUGGGGGUAGGAAAUGGUGAGUCGUAUGGUGAUGGUAACCGUUUUUCGGACUCAGUUGCACCCAGGUCAAACCGGCGAUAUGAUGCAAAGUUAGAUGAAAGACCGAGGAGAGGUCGAAGUCGUGAAAGGUCGGACCAUAAAGUGAUUCGGGGAACACAAAAUUCUGAAGGAUUAGAAGAUAAAAUCAUUUGUAGGGUUCAGAGUUCUGAUAAGUCUACUGAUGAAAGACUUAAUGGAGGUGAUUAUGGCCAAAGAGCCAAUAGAGUUCUGAGUCCUGAUAGGUCAAAUAAUCAAAGAAGAGAUAGAGUUCUGAGUCCUGAUAGGUCAAAUGACCAAAGAAGAGAUAGAGUUCUGAGUCCUGAUUGGUCAAAUAAUCAAAGAAGAGAUAGAGCUCUGAGUCCUGAUAGGUCAAAUAAUCAAAGAAGAGAUAGAGUUCUGAGUCCUGAUAGGUCAAAUGAUCAAAGAAGAGAUAGAGUUCUGAGUCCUGAUAGGUCAAAUAAUCAAAGAGCCAAUAGAGUUCUGAGUCCUGAUAGGUCAAAUGACCAAAGAAGAGAUAGAGUUCUGAGUCCUGAUAGGUCAAAUAAUCAAAGAAGAGAUAGAGUUCUGAGUCCUGAUAGGUCAAAUAAUCAAAGAAGGAAUAGAUUUCGGAGUUCUGACGGAUCUUACGACGACGAAAUGAAUAAUGUUCCUCAUAACUCGAGAAAUCCAAUAAAGAAUGAAAAUGGUCGAAGAACAGAGGAUCAAAUUCUUGUCAGACGAAGAUCUGAUAGAUCCAGCGAUGAUAGGAUUAAGAACAGGGACAGAUCUGGUGAUGAGGGGAUUAAGAGCAGGGAUAGAUCUAGCGAUGAUAGGAUUAAAAGCAGGGACAGAUCUGGUGAUGAGGGGAUUAAGAGCAGGGAUAGAUCCUGCGAUGAUCGGAUUAGGAGCAGCGACAGAUCUGGUGAUGAGAGGGCUAGGAAUCACCGAGAUAUGGAGAAAAGAGUUAAAAGUUCAAAUGGGUUAAAGCGUUCGUAUCAAAGCUCAAUCGAAAACGAAAGUGUAGACACAAGAAAUUCCGGCAAUGAUCGCGAAAUGACGACUUUCAACGAACAUAUGCCAUCACAAAUUAGAAAAACUGACUUUAAGAAGAGGUCUAGGGAUAUGAGGGUUUUAUCCAAGAGUGACGGUCAGGGUGAUAUUUUGAAUCGUGACAAUGUUGAGCGCCCCAAACCUGUAUCCGUGACUAUUACAUCUCUUAGCGAGACUCGCGUGCCUGUGGUUAGAUCACCCGACAAGGAUAGUAUGGUGCAUGGUGAGUGUGUGGUUAAUGGUAUGUUGAAUGGUGAUGAUGAGAGAAAGGGAGUUAAGACUGAGAGACCAAGCCUUGACGCGCAAAAUUCUGAGACACCCGCCAUUCCAAAAUGGAAACAGGAGCUGCAAGCAAAGAAACGGUUGCAGAGGGAAAGACAGGGCGAAACAUCGAACAGGCCAAAGGAAAGCAUAAAACCUGAGCAGUCUGGGAAUGACAUGGCUGAGUGGCAAAAAAGGCUCCAAGGAAUACGGAAAACCUGGGGAAAUGAGGAGUGUGGAGAUCCUGAAAAGUCUUCACAAGGUGAUCAUGAUGUACAGAAAAAUACCAAAGAUGGUGCGCAAGACUCAGAAACAUUUGUUUGACAAUAUGUUUCCUAACCAAGUAGAAAAUAUUUUUAUAAUCCAUGUGUAUAUAAGGAGCAUCAUUCAUAUGUUUUGAUCAAAAAUAUUUAUUUCCAUGACUGGCCUGGCACAAGCCAUAAUAUAUGUCAAAGACAGAAUAUAUUGUAUUUGUACAGUCUUUACUAUCUAAACUGUAGGUUUUCAUACCAAUAAAAAUUUGGUUCUGUUUGGAAAAAUUUUGUUAUCAGGUUAAA